UGCAUUUGGUUGAUACGAUGCACAUUGUGUCCCUGUACGCAUUUAGUCUAUAAAAUGUUUAUCGUUGCCUUAAAUAUGAAUAUGUAUGAUCAAAGCAGCUCUCAACGGAACCACGUGAGACUGAGGGACUGGUUACAAAACAACAAACACGUGCCAGUCUGCAUUGAACCUUCAGCAAGUUAAACAUGUUUCAGCGAUGUACUGCAACUCUAGUUAUACAUAACAACAACAACAAUGACAUUAACUAACAGGAACGAGAAUGCAUUUGGCCGACUUUCUUGCUGGAUCAGUUGGAGGAGCUUGUGGAGUGGCUGUUGGCUAUCCACUGGAUACUGUCCGAAUUCAAACUCAAAAACAGUUCACUGGAAUCUGGCAAUGUAUCAAAACAACGAUAAGAAAUGAAGGGGUUCAUGGGUUUUUUAAAGGAAUGGUUUUGCCUGUCACCACUAUAUCCAUGACUUUGUCUUUGGUGUUCGGCACCUAUCGAAACUGCCUGCAGUGUUUCAGUCUAAUUCACGGGCCUGGUGCUCCCAACACCAAGUUGGAUAUUUUCCUGGCAGGUUUGGCAGGUGGUGUGACACAGAUUUCUGUGAUGUCACCCGGUGACAUCGUAAAAGUUCGACUUCAGUGCCAAACCGAGGGCCAGAGAAGUGGAUUUAACUGUCCGAAAGCCAAAUAUCGUGGACCGAUCCACUGUCUGCUGACUGUUGCCAGAGAGGAGGGAAUUUUAGGACUUUACAAAGGGGCACUUCCACUGGCCUGCAGGGACGGACCGUCCUACGCUACAUACUUCCUAACAUACGACACAUUAUGUUCAAAACUUACCAAACCAGGACAGAAGCAGCCGGAUUGGAGUGCUGUGUUGUUUGCUGGCGGUGUUGCGGGAAUGGCCGGCUGGUCUGUCGGGACGCCUAUGGAUGUGAUCAAAGCCCGUUUGCAGAUGGAUGGAGUCCGUGAGCAGAAGAGAUACAGAGGAUUCGUUCACUGUUUUACUGAGACUGUACGUAACGAAGGGCCGACAAUCUUCCUCAAAAGCCUCGGGAUAAACUGCUUGCGAGCGUUUCCCGUGAACAUGGUGGUUUUUGCCGUGUAUGAGGUCACAGUUGGGAUUUUGAGGUCGGCAUCUGUCGGGACGCUGUCAUGACAGAUGUCAUAUAUGUAUUUGAUGUGAUUUAUUAUGGUUGUAUUUUAUUGUAUGUAUUUAUAAGGUGUCUGAUUUAGUGAAGAUCUCAUUUGGGGGACAAUUCAGUCCAACAUCAUACAAAAGCCAUUGUAAAUUAUAUUGAAUUUUACUGAAAAUAAAGCUGAGGACCCAGCAUAAACAACA